CAGCUGCCAUGGAAACAAACCAGGCUGCGCAGAGACUUACCAGCCGCGCGUCCGGGGGCUGGAACAGGGCGAGCCAACCUCUGCAACAGGCGGGGGGCGGAAGGAGGAGGCGGGGGGAGCGGCGCCUUCGCUGAGAGGCCCAGCGGACCCUGCAGAGGCCCCCCGACUCCGCUGGCUCCGCCCCCAGCCGCCCCCUCCCGAGUAGGAGAACAACAACCGCGGUCGCUGCAGCCGCGCACUGCGCUGUCGUUCCGGAGACCACCGCCGAGACCCGCAGGACGACCUUCCCGCGGACCUCGCCAAUGGCUGACGGACCCUUCCAGCGCAAGCCCUGGGGACCCGAGCAGAUUGGCCCGGACCCCGACUCGGACUCCGAAGGCCUGUUUGACAAGCCUCCCCCGGAAGAGCCCCCCGCAGCCCGCGCGCCCAGGUCGACGUCGGCCGCGAGCAACAAGGCUGGUCGGCGCGCAGGCUGGAAGGCGCAGGGGGCCCGCGCCGGGCAGCCCCUCAAGGCCGCCGCCCGCCCCCCGCCCAAGGAGGAGGCUCCCCCUCAGGACGAGGGCUGCUAUCUCGACCACUUUCCGCACCUCUCCAUCUUCAUCUACGCGGCCAUCGCCUUCUCCAUCACCUCUUGCAUCUUUACCUAUAUCCAUUUACAGCUCGCCUGAGCAGCCCGGGCGGGACGCGGUCGGCGCAGGGCCGCGGGUGAAGCGGGGAAAGGGCUCGGCAUUUUGCGUUUUGGGGACGCGUUGCACCCCCUUCAUCUAGCUUUCGAUGCUUGUUUCUUUUCUUCUUUGCUUGUCACUCUGUCUAAUUGUCCAUCAGUAGGAAGGUGCAAAGUAGCUGUCGGCAAUGGAAUAAGGGUGCUGUUUGCACCUGGAGAUUUGGAGGGAGGGGCACAGUCAACCCCCAGCGUUUAGAAUUCCGGGGUGCGGUUGAACCUGUUUACGAUUAAGAUAAUGUUCCAGGACCUUAUCUCUUGGUGAGCUGGGGCCACGCGCAGGGAGCCCAUCAUUUUGUGUUUGGGGUGCGCACAGCAAACCCAACCUUUUGUUCUUUAAGGGAUGAGCCAGACCCCGGCCCGCGGCCUUCCAGAGAGGGCCCCGCGGGGAGGGUUGACGCCCUGGCCGGGGCUGGGCUGGAGCCCUGUGAUGCUGCAUGGCCCUCGGGGGGAGCCGGUUCUGCUCGGGAGCUGGCGAGGGGAAAGCACUCGGAGAGCGGGAGGCAGUGGAGCGGAGCGCGCAGCGGACGCCGCGGGAGCGCUAGACCGGGUUUUGCUGCUGCUGCUGCUGAGUCGGACCAAGCCCCACAGCUGUGAAGACUGUAUCAUCAAGAAGGCAAGCUCCGGACGGAUCCUGGACUGCUAGGGACCCGCGGCUGCAGACAGCGCGGGACGCAGGCCCAGAGCGUGUCCCAUGCGCGGAAUGAGACUGCGGGGGCCCUGGCUGGGGUCGGCGGGAGGGCAGGCGGCGGCGGCGGCGGCCUCAUCCUGUGGGAUCCAAGACGAAGGGGGUGGGAUUUGACACUGAAAAGUGUUUGUCCUGAAACCCGACCCCGAGGGAUUUGUAUCUCAGACCCAGAAGGCCUAAUAUGAGAGUUAUUCACCCACCUACGAGAGUUAUUCACCUACCUGCACACUUCUGUGUACCCAUGAAUAUUAAAUGUUCAAUGUUAAAAAUGUUAAAUGCACACUUGAACAGUGUAUGUUUUACUUGGAAAUGUCUGUGAUUGUGGUACCUCUGAUGGAAUAAAUCUCUUUUUUCAGUCUCCUCUA